AGCUCUUUCCCUCGUUUUUUUAGAGAGAGAAAGUAGAGAGAAGUUGCGUAAUUGCUUUACGAAACCUUAAUUUGAGGAUAGUUCGAAGCUACGAGGAUUGGUUAUCGUUGUUCCUUUUUUUUAUUCGUGACGACUAGAGUUUGGGUAUAUUUUUCAGUUGAGUAAUUUCUCAGGAAGUAUUCCACUCAGUGCUUACCUCAUGGGAAAUAGUGAGGAAGGGAAAUCCAUUAAGAAUGAAAAGCCUUCUUCACCUGUUAUAACUGAUCAGACCAACCUGCCAAAUGUUCAUGUCUAUCCUGAUUGGGCCGCCAUGCAGGCAUAUUAUGGGUCAAGAGUCAACAUUCCACCAUACUACAACUCAGCUCUGGCUUCGGGUCAUGCUCCUCACCCAUACAUGUGGGGGCCACCACAGCCUAUGAUGCCACCUUAUGGGCCGCCUUAUGCAGCAUUUUAUUCACAUGGAGGGGUUUAUACUCACCCUGCAGUUGCUAUUGGGCCACAUUCACAUGGUCAAGGAGUUCCAUCUUCACCUGCUGCUGGGACUCCUUCAAGCAUAGAGACACCAACCAAAUUAUCUGGAAAUACUGAUCAGGGUUUAGUGAAGAAAUUGAAAGGGAUUGACGGGCUUGCUAUGUCAAUAGGCAAUUGCAAUGCUGAGAGUGCUGAGCGUGGAGCUGAAAACAGGCUGUCACAGAGUGUGGAUACUGAAGGUUCCAGCGAUGGAAGUGAUGGCAAUACUGCAAGGGCUAAUCAAACAAGAAGAAAAAGAAGAAGUGAGAGAACCCCAACCACUGAUGGAGAAGGGAAAACUGAGAUACAAGAUAGUCUGGUUUUGAAAGAGACUACAACUUCCAAAAAGAUGAUGCCAGUUACCCUAGCCAGUGUUGCUGGAAAAGUAGUUGAAUCUGUAGUUUCUUCAGGAAUGACCACGUCACUGGAGCUGAGGAACCCUUUGACUGUUCAUUCUAAGACAAGUUCCUCAAGUGGCACACAACCUAGUGGAGUUUUGCCUUCUGAAGUUUGGUUACAGACUGAGCGUGAACAGAAACGUGAGAGGAGGAAACAAUCAAACCGCGAAUCUGCUAGAAGGUCCAGGCUGAGGAAGCAGGCUGAGACUGAAGAAUUGGCACGAAAAGUUGAUUCCUUGGCUGCUGAAUAUACGUCGCUGAAAUCAGAAAUAAAUCAAUUAACUGAAAGUUCUGAGAAGCUGAGGAUGGAAAAUGCUACAUUAAGGGAAAAACUGGAAAAUACUCAACUGGGACAAAUGGAAGAGAUAAUCUUGAACAGUAUUGACAGCAAGAGGGCUACACCUGUAAGUACAGAAAACUUGCUAUCAAGAGUUAAUAAUUCCAGUUCUAAUGAUAGAACCGCAGAGGAUAAUGAUUUCUGUGAGAAAAAACCAAAUUCUGGUGCAAAGCUGCAUCAACUAUUGGAUACAAAUCCUAGAGCUGAUGCUGUGGCAGCUGGUUGAAACCAGUGAUUGCACUGGCUGAUUGUGUAGUUUUGGCAUAUUACAAGCCCAAAAUUACUGCUAAGUGCUAACAGUUUUCAGAGGGAUGGAUCAGCUGAAUUUUAGGUCUAAAUCCAUCAAGACCAGAACUAAUUCUCUGCUUUUCAGUUUGUUUAGACAUAAAAUGUAUCUUCUAUUAGAUUUGAGAGAAAUGUUUGAAAACUUUAAGGUUUGUAAAAUUGAAGAGGAUUAGAUAUUUAGUUUAUACAUUAGAGGGUUGUCGAACCAUUUAUAUAAUUGGUUAUGUAUUAAUGAUUGCUGUGAACCUUCUAAUGAUAUCUGAGUAAAGUU